CUCCUUUCCCCCCACCACCCAGUAUAUAGACCCGCUCAGAUCAAUCACGUCCACACACACCACAAACACCAGCGAGUCAGGCCCGCCCCAAUCAGCAAAUUCCUUCCAUCAUUCUUGAGUACAACGUCUGUUGCAACUUUACUUGCCAAAAUGGUGAUGGCCGACGCCACCGCCGGCAGCCACGGCUGGAGGGAGACGAGGUCGGUGGCCAUGCACGUCCUCCUCGGGCGGUGGUUCAUGGCCUUCGCCGCCCUCCUCAUCAUGUCUGUGGCCGGGGCCACCUACAUCUUCAGCCUCUACUCCGGCAACAUCAAGACCAACCUUGGCUACGACCAGACCAGCCUCAACCUUCUCGGGUUCUUCAAGGACCUUGGCGCCAACGUCGGGGUACUCUCGGGCCUAAUCAACGAGGUCACUCCGCCCUGGGUUGUCCUCUCCAUCGGCGCUGCCAUGAACUUCUUUGGCUACUUCAUGAUCUGGCUCGCCGUCACCGGCCGCUCCGCCCGGCCCCGCCUCUGGCUGAUGUGCCUUUACAUCUGUGUCGGUGCCAAUUCCCAGUCCUUUGCCAACACUGGCGCCCUAGUCACCUCCGUCAAGAACUUCCCAGAGAGUCGCGGUGCCAUCCUCGGCCUCCUCAAGGGCUUCGUUGGCCUGAGCGGCGCCAUCCUGGCCCAGCUCUACCACGCCUUCUAUGGCGACGAUUCCGAGUCCCUCAUCCUUCUCAUCGCCUGGCUCCCUGCAGCCAUCUCCGUCGUCUUCCUGCGCACCAUCCGCGUCCUUGCGGUGGUCCGGCAGAAGAACGAGCUCAAGGUCUUCUACAACCUCCUGUAUGUCUCGCUCGGCCUCGCCGGGUUCCUCAUGGCCGUCAUAAUACUGCAGAACCAGCUCUCGUUCUCGAGGAUCGAGUACGCUGGAAGCGCUGCAGUCGUUCUUUUCCUACUCUUCCUGCCAAUUUUCAUCGUCGUCAAAGAAGAGAUUUUUCUCUGGAAGAGGAAGAGAGAGAUCGUCAUGAACAAUGACCCUCCCCAUCAGCUCAAAGUAGUCGCUGAAACUCCACCACCACUGCGGGCUUCCGAACCUGUGCCACCGCUGCCUGUGCCACAGCAUAUGGCAGCGAGCGGCUGCAGCAAUAUCCUCCGGCCUCCAGACAGAGGCGAGGACUACACGAUCCUGCAGGCCCUCUUCAGCAUCGACAUGCUGAUACUAUUCAUUGCCACCACGUUCGGCGUAGGCGGGACGCUGACUGCGAUUGACAACCUGGGCCAGAUCGGGAGCGCGCUUGGGUACCCGUCCCGAAGCACCACCACGUUUGUGUCCCUUGUCAGCAUUUGGAACUACCUCGGCCGUGUUGUGUCCGGGUUCGCUUCCGAGGUCCUCCUUACCAAGUACAAGUGUCCCCGCCCUCUCCUCCUGACCCUUGUCCUCCUCCUGUCCUGCGUUGGCCACCUCCUAAUCGCCUUUGGCGUUCCCAAUGCUCUCUACGCCGCAUCGGUCAUCACCGGGUUCUGCUUCGGCGCGCAGUGGCCGCUGGUGUUCGCCAUCAUAUCCGAAAUCUUUGGGCUCAAGUACUACUCCACGCUGUACAACUUCGGGGCUGUCGCAAGCCCCGUUGGAAGCUACGUCCUCAAUGUGAAGGUGGCAGGCCGGCUCUACGACCGGGAGGCAGCGAGGCAGAUGGCGGCCUCGGGGUUGGCGAGGAAAGACGUCAAGGAGUUCAUGUGUAAGGGUGUCGAGUGCUACAAGACGGCAUUUCUGGUGAUCACGGCGGCGACUCUCUUCGGAUGCUUGGUGUCCUCAAUUCUGGUGCUGAGGACGAGGAAGUUCUACAGGGGCGACAUUUACAGGAAGUUCAGAGAGGCCGCGAUUGAUUUGACGGGUAGGGAAGAUGAUUCCAAAGCCGCCGGGGUGGAAGCAGAGGCCGCGGCAGUGGCGGCGGUGCAUGGAGAUGAUCGUACGGCCACCGCCGGAGCUGGGGACCUGAUUGCCACUGCCACGCGGGCUGUGCGGCAGGGGAGGGGGACGUGAAAACUUCAAGUUGCCCUGCUGAAGCUUACCUCAGAAACCAUAAAUCAUAUUUGAAGAAAAUAUUGUACUUAUUUAUCAUAAGAUAGAAAUUGGGGCUCUUUCGUUUUUUGGGCGGGAGGGGGUGUUAGUGUUACUGUUCUCAUCAUUGUAAAAUUCCUUGGUCGUUAGUGGCGAACAGGAAAGGAGAAAGUGUCCCGACUCUUUGGGAUUCGUUUCAAUACAAGAGCAAUGACUUCUUUUCCAACCGAGAAAUUAAACUUUAUAUUUAGUUUGUAUAA